AGCAGUGGUAAACAUUUACUUCGUUUGUUUCAGUGUGUUUGUAGUAUACAUGUACAAAAUCUUAUUUUUAUGAUUCAUGUAAAACAUUUAUUUUUGUUCAUAUCGUCUUAGUGUAGGAUUUAUCAAUUUUUGUUGUGAUUUUUAGAAAAUGAUUUUCUGUUUGGUAUGUAUUAUUUUAGAUAAGAAGAAACGUGUCUUUAGAAUUGUAUUGCCUCUGUGAAGUGUGCUGCCCGUGAAUACUGUGGUAGGUAUGCGACUUAUUUCCGUGACAUAAAACUAGAGUGCGUGCAAGGCAGGACCUGUUCCACCAGGUCUGGAUGAUCGGGACGUCAGUACUUCAUUAGAGUUGAAUAUUUCCAACAGCAUGUGCGCCGAUCUAGUGGCAUACAGUCCCAGAUCUUCAGAUUCUGUCGUUGAAGUCACCUUGGUCACUUCCUCGCCUUCAGUCGAUGAAGAUGUACACAAGAUGGAAAAUGAACGCAAAGGGGAACCUCAUCAAACACUCACGACGUCGAAAAUUGAAGGUGCAACAGAGACUCCUGAUUUUGUUUCCAAUGGUCAUCUAUCAAGCAGAAGUGAGUACGAACACUACAAGGACCAUUUCGAUAAAGUUAUGGAGGAGUUUAAUCAUCACAUUUCUAAAAUUGAGUCUCGAUACCACAAAAAGGAAAUCGCUCAAAAGGAGGACGAGCUCCUGAAACAACAUCAGGACAGGGACCACAUCGAGGAAAGUUCAGAACAGGAGGCGAGAAAACCAAGGGCUACGAUGUUAUUGAUCACAGACUUGAAUGACGAUGUAUUUCAGGACGUUUCUGAAUUUCACUUAAAGCUGCAUUCCUUAUUAAAGCUGAAAAAUGCUAAAGAAGAUAAAUUUCUAAAAAUACAUCACGUGAACUCGCGACCAGCAAAGUCCACGUCAUGCUGCUCAUGUGGAAAUUUCGACUGCAAAAAGAAUGUCCCGUGUGACGACUCCACGGAGAAAGUGUCACUGUACAACAUUAAUAAUUUUAACAAAGAAGCAGGAUUUUCUGAUAGUGAACGAGAACAUUGUAAAACAACUGACAAAAGUGAAUAUUUAGCACGGUUCAAAAUAUAUAGUCCAAGAUCGAUGAGAUCAUCGAAGCAAAGUAUUCUUCAAGACGAAAAUUUUGCAGCCAAAGGUGAUUGUGGUGAAAUUGACAAGUUAGCAACAAAACUGGAAAAUCUGCCGAUUUCAUCGAAAUGUAUGACCACGAAGCCUAGUAAAAAGGACAAGCAAUACGACACUGGAAAGUUAAGUGCCAGAGUGCGGGAUGAAACAGAAUCUGAAUGUGGAACUGCUUCGAUCAACAAAUCGCGCCGACCUUCAGACCUCCCCGUAUAUCCCGAGGCUCGGAAAACUUACGUAAAGUCGUCGGCAUUGCAAGCUGUUUUGCAACACGCUCUUCAGAUUAAACUUGGCGGUGUUACCGUCUGUAACAGGAUGUCAGCUGAAGAAAUGACAAACAUUCUGAAAAACAGACUUCAGAAAAUGUUAGUCCAAGAGAAAAAUAAUGCUGACGGAAAAGCGAACCGAAAUUCGUGUGCAGAAGAUGGUAUCAAAGAAAAACGUGUACAUCGUAAAGAUGAAUCAGAAUUUUUUCAGUGCAACAGAUGCGACGGGAUGGAACGGCGCAAUGAGGUUUUUGGAAAUGUAUUAUUAGAUGACGUAGAUCAGACGAACGAAGUUGAUGUCCUGCAGUUCGGCGAUACGAGAAGUGGAGCGCCUGGCCCGAAGAAGGUCGGCCGUCCGGUGGCAUGCGAUUGCGGCGACGGCAAAGACGAGACGAUGGGAAGGAACGCGGACACGCCGAGAGAUGUCGAGGAGGACCGUGGAAUCGGGCGACGGAGUGGCAGGACACGAGAUCAUCGCGACCACGACGUUUCGCCUCCGGGCAAGAAGCACCCGGCGUGCCGGCGCUGUGGCGCCGCGGGAGACGCGCCGCGCCCCCGCGAGGACCCCGGGCUGGAGAGCCCGCGGGAGGCCGGCUCAUGGAGGGACUCCUCCCUCGCGGACAGGAGGCUCUCCCCGAGGUCCGGCCCGGGUGCCAGCCCGUGGGACGCGUGGUCCGUCCCCUCGGCCACGGGGAGCAGCGUCAGCGUGACAUCCUCCAGGUGGCGCCUCUCCUGGGAGGACGCCUUCCUGGGGGACCAGCUGCAGCUGGCGCCGGGCGGGACCGAGGAGAGCUGCGUGCGCCAGGCUGCGCGGCGGCUGCUGCAGCUGCUGGAGCUCAAGCAGCUGGAAGGCCAGGUGGUGCUGACGGCCUCGAGCUUCGGAGACUGCGUGCCCCUGCGCGGCUGACCUCUCCCGCUCUUGUACGCCGCGCUGCAAAUACAGACACCCGCGUCCAA